UGUUGGUAGGGUAGAGAGAAAGGGGGGGGGGGUGAUAUGGGUUAGUGGGCAGGGUGUGUGUCCAGCCAACUGGACACACACACACACACAGACAUGGCUCUGAACUCAAGACAACCUUUUGAGAUCCAGUGAGGAAGGUACAUGGGCAGAAGUGUUGAGCGUUUGUUUUGUUUGUUUUGUGUGAGAAUGUACUGUGUUUCUUCAGAUCUAUUUAUGAACUAUUACAUAAAAAGUGACGUUCACAUGUAUAUAUUGCCUUUUUGUUUGAGCUGCAACUCACUUUCUCUCUUUAUGAGUACUUUUGGGGCAUAGCUGGUGGGUAUGAGCUUGGGGGAUGAGGAGUGUGUGUGUGUUUGAUACUGUUCAUAAGAUCCUCAAUAUUAGAAUACUAGAACAAUUGAGUAGGAGAAGAUGCAAUUGUAAUACAUGUUCCGUUGUGGAACAUUUCAAGAAUAAUGGUACCUUUACAUAAUGCAAACACUAUUGUGUGUGUGCGUGUGUACGUAGACAUACCUAUGCACAGACUAUUAAAAGCUACAGUAUAUAUGAACUGGUCAUGCUGGAUAUUGACACUCAAAGGUUACGAUGGUGGCACGGGUGUAUUCCUAUAUCAACAUUGGACACAACGGGGGGAUUAACAAUUUAUACUGAAGACAGCGCUACUCAUUCUAAACUAACUGAAAUUGAUCAAUGCUUCCUAAAAAAGUAGCCUACAUUAGACAUUUUAAUCCCCAACAGUAAUGUCUCACUGUGCAUGAAUAAGAUAUUUGAAUAAUACUGAAUCGUUAAUUGUGUGAUGGGCUACCAGAGAGCGCGCUCCCUUGCGCCCCGCCUUCGGGGAUGUGCUUGGAGAGACGGGUCAACUUCAGGAGGUUUUUAAGCUCAUGAGAGCAGAGCCAAAUCUUGACCUGUAAACCAAAAGCUCACUAACAUCCACAGAACACAACGGUCAUCUCAACUCACCGACAUAUCUUAACCUUGGCAACGAGAAAAGCUUGGCACCGGUUUUAUCGUGAAAAACGUAACUUUUCGAACUGGGGAGCUGACAUACACUAGACGAACCGUUUUAAUGUGCGCAAUGCGCUAUCCGAACGGAAGUAAAUAGACUUUUGGGCAAAGACCAGUUGGCUUUGCCGUGCGACAUUCGUGUCCCCUGCUUCAUCUUGUACCUGCCUGUGGCGACUUUGGACAACGUGCGUGAAUUCGUCGGUGAAGAUGGCUGGCUGCUGCAUGUCGGCGGCGGAGAAGGAGAGGAACCGAAUCAACCAAGAGAUUGAAAGGCAACUUCGACGGGACAAGAGGGACUCGCGCAGAGAGUUGAAACUGCUGCUGUUAGGUACGGGGGAGAGUGGGAAGAGCACCUUCAUCAAGCAGAUGAGGAUCAUCCACGGAUCGGGCUACACGGACGAGGACAAGAGAGGCUUCACCAAGCUGGUCUACCAGAACAUCUUCACAGCCAUGCAGGCCAUGAUCAGAGCCAUGGAGACCCUCAACAUCCCCUACUCCAGCCCCCAGAACCAGAGCCAUGCCGCGCUGCUCAGUGAGGUGGAGGUGGACCAGGUGGUGGAGCUGGAGCCGGGGAAGGUGGAGGCGGUGAGGAGCCUGUGGGGAGACUCCGGCCUCAAGGAAGCCUACGACCGCCGCCGGGAGUACCAGCUGUCUGACUCGGCCAAAUACUACCUGACUGAACUGGACCGCAUCGCGGGGCCCACCUACCUGCCCACACAGCAGGACAUCCUCAGGGUCAGAGUGCCCACCACUGGCAUCAUCGAGUACCCCUUCGACAUGGACAACGUCAUCUUCAGGAUGGUGGACGUGGGGGGUCAGAGGUCGGAGAGGAGGAAGUGGAUCCACUGCUUCGAGAACGUCACCUCCAUCAUUUUCCUGGUGGCCCUCAGCGAGUACGACCAGGUCCUGGCCGAGUGUGACAACGAGAACCGCAUGGAAGAGAGCAAAGCGUUGUUUAAGACCAUCAUCUCCUACCCCUGGUUCCAGAGGUCCUCCGUCAUCCUGUUCCUCAACAAGACAGACAUCCUGGAGGAGAAGAUCGUGUACUCCCACCUGGCCAACUACUUCUCCGAGUACACAGGGCCUCGAAGCGACCCCAAGACGGCCAGAGAGUUCAUCCUGAAGAUGUACCAGGACCAGAACCCAGACAGGGAGAAGACGGUGUACUCCCACUUCACCUGCGCCACGGACACCGAGAACAUCCGCUUCGUGUUCGUCGCCGUCAAGGACACCAUCCUGCGACACAACCUCAGAGAGUUCAACCUGGUCUAGCGCCACCAACUGUCAGACCGUAGAGAUGCAAUGUCAGUAAUAUUCAGUCUUAUUCUAAUUACGUGUCUGGCCAAAGAGCUGGGUGUGGUUUAGAUCAGACCUGGGCCAAAUACUAUUUGCAACUACUGUGAAAUACUUGGGGUGAGCUUGAUUUAUUUAUCACCAAGUCCAUCGAAGCCAGCUGACCAGAACCAGCGCAACUUUGGGCUUGCACAAAUCACACCACAAAGAGUUUCCAAUCCAGCAUUUGACUCAGGCCUUAUGAAGCCUGCUGCUACUUCCUCAAGUAGGUUCAGGUUACAACAUUUCGGGCGAAAAAAAGAAUUUCUGUAGAAGUUUCUGUAUAUUUAGGAGAUGGAAGGCUCCUGUGCUUGUAAAGGUAGGAAAGCCAAAGUUUACAUUUUGUCAGUGAGGUAUACAUUUCAUGUCUACAUUUGUUGAAAUGGACAUCACACUAUUUAUCAAACUGUGUGCUUAGUAUAGACAGACAUGGUUGUACUUUGAAGAAAUGAGGGUUUCUAAGUGUGCUUAUCAUUCUUUAGAGAUGGUUGGAGAACAGACAGAUAAUGGUAAACGUAGAGAGGUGUGGGUGAAUAAAUGUAAUCCCCCCCAAACUGUCAAAAGCAUCCGGCAUUUCCUCUGUGCUGUCUGGCCCUGAGCACAGCCAGCCUAGCCCCGCCCUGCGCCAUGCCGUGGGGAUGUGUGGUGUGGCAUUUCUAACGCCUUUUUCCUCUGCCUGUGACACAUAGUACCAGUGGGUCAAACCCAAACCUGUGCACCUUACUGCCCUCCCAUCUGUGUCAGUCCUCCUGUCCCAUUUGAAGCACGUAAAUAUGAUUACAUGAAGCGCCUUGUGUCUGUCGGUGACAGAAUGACGACAAUCAGGCUUGCUCUCAGUCCAAGUGAAUGUGUUGCUAAUGAAACAUGUCUUUUUAUAGCAGUAAUGGAAAAUAAAAUGUAUUUAUAUUGCAUUUAAAUAAAACAAGAG